UUUAACAGGAUGACAAGUUACUUUCUAAAAUGAAAAUUGAAAGACUAAAAUUUUAUAGCUUUGAGUAAUAGUUGAAAAAAUUUUAAUUAUUUGAAUUUCUUGGGAUAUUUCGUGUGAUGGUAAAUAAACGUAUAUAGAUACCAAAGAUAUUCACUUAAAAAUAAACGAAAGAAGAAAAAAAUAAGUUCUUCGAGGUGGAAAUCUUUUGUCAAAUUCUGGGCAGUUGAUAGAACAACAAGAUGGUCUGACAAAUUUCCACUCCAUCCACGAGAAACAAGUCGCCGUUUAAUCGAAUUCGUAAUGAUUAUUCAGUGGCGAUCGAUGAUGGAUAAUUUGAGCGACAUUUACUAUCUCGUGCGGCUCAUCAUCCGCCAAGUUUCUAUAUACUUACGGGAUUUGAUUUUGUACAAGUUCUUCUGGAUAGCGACGAACAAUGAAAAUUUCGACAAUUCGGAUUCGAAACUUCGUAGCAUAACAUUAAGGAACGUUACCACAGAUAUCGUAGCCUUCUCCGUCAUCUGUAUUAUCCUUUUUCUACUCGUAAUCCUCGCGUCGAAGUGUGAGAAGGACGAAGUGCGAAAUGUUUUCGAAUCUGCGGGAAUAGAAACAAUCACGGUAGAACAUCCGGAAGACCAAUUCUGCGUCUCGAACGUAACUUCCAGCUCGACAAAUUGCGUUCACGCGUGCGGUGAUUCGAUUUUCUCCCGUGGACGAAUACAAAACAGGAAUUACUCCGACGAAGAUAUAUCCAGAGUUCGUUCCUCCAGCAAGAAAAGGAGCGCGAUCCCGAAGAAAUCGAUUUUCGGCUUGAACGUGGCCCAACCGCAGAAUUCUCAAAGCACCCAAACCACCGACAAAAUAUUCUACAAGAACAACCAAAAAUGGUUGAUAAGACGAACCAGGAGCGGCCAUAUCUACGGGAAAUAUCCAAUAUAGGGGAAGCCACGUCCAUUCCUUUUGAUAUUUUUAUUUAUUUAUUGAAUCCAUUUUCCAGAAGGCGAAGAAAAGGAAAAAAGAAAAAUAGAAAAAAGAAGAUGUAAAACAUUCCAAUGAAAAUUUUCAUCGAAAUGAAAACAGAACUAGUCAUAAAGAUAGGUGAUGUUAUUGUUACUGAUUCUCGGUUUAACAUUCCAGACAAUUAUCAAUAGUUUUAUAUUAUCAAAGGUAAUGAAUCGCAGGUAAUGAAUCAUUUUUUUCAAGGAAGAGGUUUGUCAAGCAAUACGAUUAAACAAUCGUGGAUCUAAAGGCAUCUGAAUUGUCAUCUGGAAUUUAUUAUUUGUCCUAAUUUUUUUCUCUCUCUAUCUCUCUCUCUCUUUCUCUCUCUUUCUUCUUUUUUCUUUUUUUCUUUUCUCUUUUAGUUUAUUUAAGCUACGUUCGUUAAUGAUAUAUACCAUUGAGAUAUCGUUUUUAAGAAUAUUUUUAGAAUGAUUUUAUUUUGAGUUCACGUUGAUAUUGUCUAAGAAUAUAAAUUUUUAACACU